AUGAUUACGCCGCAGUGGGAUGAAACCUUCUUCAACCGCUUCGAAGAUGCAUAUCAGACGACUAUCGUGCUGGACAAUGUUAGCAAUCCGGCAACAAACUUUUCAACCGUGCUUGAACGUGACGUGAAAGCAAUUGAUCCCACCUUGAUCUUGUUCUUGCGGCGUAUCAGACGGCUUCACCUUACGGUUGUCGAUUCUAAUCCAUUCUACCAUUCGGUCAUCUCAAAGCGCUUUCGACGUGUCGAUCAGACAAUCGCUCCUGGCAUUAUUGAGCUCAUAGAUGAGGACACUGACUCCAAACUAUCCUUGUUCAAAUACAGUGCUACUGCUGCUUUCAAUGGGACAGAACCUCGACGUCCAAAUGUCAGUCGCACUGACAUUGUGUUAGCCUUUCCAGUAGCUCAGCAAAAGCCUUUGACGUACACGCCCUUAAUUCGAGAACAAAACCUUGUCUUUGCCUAUCUGCCUCUUGGUAAUUUUGGGUUUAAGUUUGUGAUCCACGCAGAUUUUCUCACAACAUCAAAUCGGCAAUCUGUGGAUGAAGACAGUUCGUGGAACCAAAAUAUCGCUAGGAAUAUUCCCUACGCUUUUGCAAACGCAGUCUCCUGCUUCAAUGCCGAUGGAAGCAAUGUACCAUCAGUCCAUAAGGAGCUGGGAAAGACGUGGCCACUAUACCUCAGCACUGAUACCGUAGGCCUUAAUACAUACUGGAGUAGUAUUAAAAGAGAUAUCAUCAGGCACCUCAGCGAGUUGAAUGUCAUCAAGACGCGAAGCGGGGGAUUAGGGGUGCCAAAAGAUCUUAAGUUCCUGGACUGGGCUCACGAUCGCCAUGGCCAGCCGAUUUUGGGACAUGGUAGCGACUACCUCUCCGUCGAUUAUCCUAGCUCAGUCCGUGAACCCCUUUUGUCGUUAGGCGUCACCGCACCUAGUUGGGAGUGGUUGUGCCAGAAACUCUACGGGCUACAAAAUGAUGGCUUGCUUCGUGGCAAAAUGCAAAAUGCGGACUGGUGCUCGGAUCUUGCCGAGGUGAUUCUGAAGGCAAGAGAUUGGAGAGACGAGAUAGGCUUGAAACAAACACUAGGGAAAAUUUCCUUGAUUCCACUCGAGGAUGGCACCUGGAGGUGUGCCCCUUCUGAAGAUUCCCCGAUCUACUUCCCGGCAAGCUUGGGUACGACUGUCCCGCCCGGGUUAUCGAUAUCUCUGGUCAGUGAAAAGGCUUGUUCCUGCCCUCACAGGAGAUUGCUCUUUCAAAAACUCGGUGUAAAGGACUGUGAUGCUCCCAACGUUGUUGAGAGUAUUCUAGACUACCACGCCAAGUGUACUUCUGCCGCUUUUUCACACAUGGUUGCCCAGGUCAAGUACCUGUACAAAGCACAAGAGCACUUGCAAUCUCAGAACACGAUCAGUUUACAUUUUGUGUGUUCUGAUAAGAACCAUAAGAAAUAUUUCAAACGGGGCCGUUCAAGUUAUAUUGAUGUCACUGUCAGCGGCAACCUACAACGGCUAUUUUCCGGCUAUAGCGGAGCACAUUUUCUGGACAGCAGCUAUUUUGCAGGUUUCGAUCCCGUGGAAAAGACUAGAUUCACAACAUGGCUGAGUGAAAAGGCUGAAGUGGCACUUGUUCCUCGUUUCGUCUCCGCUCGUGGAUUGCACGAAGAUUUUGAAUGGUUGCUUAAUCAUAAAAACGAUCAAGUUUUGGCUAUAUUGUACGAGAAUCAGGAUCUCUACAUGAGUCAAGCUACAGACACAGUAAAAGACGGGCUAGGAAAAUAUAAAUUCCUAUGCGAAGUCGAAAUGUCAAAACAACUUUACUUAGCGAUCCAGGAACACACGUUUUUGCCUGUAGAAAAGGAGAUGGUCAGAAAAGCCUUCUGUGAUAAUGGAAUUGUCCUCUCCUACAAUAAUUAUGUGUCGAUUGGAGAUUGUAGCUGGCAUGGGCCUAAGAAUCAUUUCAUCAGACCUGCAUUGUUUCCGGUCUAUGGUCGUGAGCUGGAUCGACUUUUUCGAGAAAUCUUGAAUGUCCAAAACAUAACAGCUGUCGAAGCUGAAGAGCACAUUCAAGGGCUUAGGGAUAAAGGGGCGACCAUAGAAGAUCUUACUGAUAUAUAUGUGCUCAUACAGGAACAUUGCGCAGAUACAUUCAGCGCCGAUGACAAGUAUCCCUGCAUUGCUAUUCCCUCCCCAUCAGGGACUAAAUUUGAGUGGAAAAGUCCUUCUCAAUGUGUGUGGGAUGACGAAGAAUUUUCGCAAAACGAACUCAUCUUGGAAAGCAAGAUUGCCAUCCACCACAUCAUAGAGCAGUACGCACCGACCGCAGUACCAUUCUUCACUAAAGUGCUUGAAAUACCAAAUGCCGGAGUCGCCGAACUGCUUGCCGACCUAAAGUUGAUGCAAGAACAAAAACGUGACGAACCGAAGCGAGUGUACCUGCUGUAUGAGAGAAUUUCGAACUACCGUCGAGGAUUCGCAGGGAUGAUAAAGUAUAUACAAAAAGUCCAAACGCGAUCUCGAGCUGACCAUUGGGAUAGGGAAGCUUUCCAGAACAGUCCUCUCGUUUUUCUCCGUGGUAUCAACAAGCAAAGCGGGAGGUGGCUGCCACUUGAGGACUGUAUCUGGGCUCGGUCGGUCUUGCGAUCCAAGCAUGCCCUCAUACACUCGUUGAACGAGUAUCGCGAUCUUUUCAGAGAUACACUAGAAAUACCGAAUGCUACUGUGGAGAUGCUUAUCACUGAUUUGUUAGAUGUAUCUUCCAAAAUGACAUCAUUAAUACAUGACGAGGAUGGAUACCAGUAUGUGAGAGAGCUUAUACAAGAAAUUGGCCGGUUAUACAAGGACGACUCAGAGGUCAAACGACUUGUGGGUAAAAGAUGCUGGCCCUGCCGCAUGCGAACCGGUCCUCCGACACUUCGCCGCAUUGGAGGAUUCUACGUCAACGAUCGACAAGAUCUUUGCGACAUAUUUUCUGAUACUUACACAAUUCUGGACUUCGAUUUAUAUGUCUCGAGACAAGUCGAGGGGUUGCUCUGCAGUCAAGCUUGCUUUCAGUUUCUGUCUGAGAGUGUUACUGUAGAGACAAAAUUUCGAGAGCCUCUUGGACAAGACCAUGAUUUAAAGAAAGACUUGCAAAGUCGCAAAGGUGCGCUUAUGAAAUACUUCGAGUUUGUCGGUUGCGAGUCACCCCACGAACUUCGACCCCUCUUUGACAAUAUCGAGGUCUGGACAAGUGAAGAUAUAAACACGACUUAUACACUAGAUGAAGUUACUAUAACGAAAAGUGAGGGAGGUUCUAGUGUUGAGGUCAACAUCGGACACAAUGACAUGGCUAGGCUCGACAUUUAUGUAUCAGCAAAUAGGCACACGCGCGAUUGUGCGCUCUUAACAGACUUUCCAAGACAGCUCAUAGAAGCACUAGAGCUGGAACCAGCCGAUCUUCCAGAUCUUCAAGUACUUCUACAAGUACCGCGCGCCUCGCUAAACGCAUUACUGAUCAAGAAAGGCAUCAUUGGUAAAGCAUCAGACAUCUUCGAGGAAGGGUUGAGAGAAAACCUAAUCAACGGCGAUUGUGAUGACAGUGAUGAUCAUUCAUCCUCAGAAAUCGGACGUGGCGUUUCUGCGACAUCUGUAGGUUCGAUUACUAUUGAAUCUACGCGUGCUUCCGCGAGAUCUGAAGCUGCAAACACGACCCCAAAGCAACAUGUGGUAUUUCGACCUGUCACCAAUUUGUUUGCAUCCAGGCCAACUACAAGGGAGCCUCUCUCGCAGGUUCAUCUGGAUGUUCCUACUGACGGAAGCCCUCGUAAUCGACCAGUUACACCCCGGCUUACUGGCACUGGACUUUACAACGUGGGCAAUCGCAGCCGAAAUAUGCAGCGCAUUCGACACCUCGUCCAGCAGGAUCGAGAUUCCGAUGACAGUGUUGUCGCUUUUGACAUGAGCACGUGUAGGGAAGCUCUGGAGUCAGUUGGACCUGGUCCCUCGUCGAUUCUUGUCCAGGCCGAGCCCUCAUUGCAAGGGCAAGAAAGACUGGCCUCAAACCGCAACGGAGAGGAAAGGGCGCGUGACUCUGAAGUUGGAUUCCUAGGAGAAUACUAUCUGACUCCUAGCCAGGUAUACCUUCUGCUACACGACGUGUUCCAAAUCCCUAACUUCUCUGGUGAAAAGAACUGGACCAGCUCGCUGCGAUCUCGAGCUGGCUUCUCAUCUUUUGGCCACGAAGUCUCUGAUUUUACCUACAAGGAUACAGAAGGCGCCCUCACCAAACAUCUUUCGCAGAUGCAACCUCAAUGGAAAUACGCCAUUGUACCGGCUAGAGAUCAAGAGUACAACAUGUCGAGAUCCCAAGACUCCCUUCUACAUGAGUCAGAAACAAUACGAGCUGGUAAGAUUCCUAGUUCUCACAUGAAAUCAGAAAUCAUCUUGGAUAACGUUAUGCAGGCAAAAAGACUACGCGUUACUUCCGCCAUACCCUCAGAGGUCUAUGUCAUUCUACGCAUCUCGGGCUUGGAUGUGUUGGAAGAUGGAGCACCAGACCAUCUGUGGUAUAAUGUGUAUUUAGACCCCUACACCUGCAGUGAAUCCGGUAUAUUAAAAUUUACGACGCCUACGUUUACUGUAACAGCAAGCCAUUAA